AUGAGUGAUAGUGAAUAUUAUUAUUCCGAAGAAGAAGCUCCAAAGAAACCAGCUCCAAAGCAACAACCUGCAAAGGCUACUGCUCCAGCUAAGAAAGAAGAAGAGUAUUCUGAAUAUUACUCAGAUAACGAAGAACCAAAGCCAAAACAGCCAGCAUCCAAGCCAAAUCAACCACAAAAGCAAUCAACUCCUAAUAAUCAAGCAAAUUCGAAAGUAAAUAAGAAAGAUGAAGAGGAAUAUUCAUCAUAUUAUUCAGAAGACGAAAAACCAGCACCAGCCAAACCAGCUCCUGCUAAACAAGCACCAGCUAAGCCAACACCAGCAAAGAAAGAAGAAUCCGAAUACUCCUACUCAGAGGAUGAGAAACCAGCUGCAAAACCAGCACCAGCAAAACCAACACCAACAAAACAAGCACCCGCUCAAGCCGCUAAGAAGGAUGAGUCAGAUUACUCUUACUAUUCUGAGGACGAAAAGCCAGUUGCCAAACCAGCUCCAAAGACAGCACCAGCUAAACAAACACCAACUCCUACUGCUAAACCAGCACCAAAGAAGGAAGAAUCAGAUUAUUCUUAUUCUUACUCCGAAGAUGAAAAGCCUGUAGCUGCUAAACCAUCACCAGCCAAACCUGCACCUGCCAAGCCAGCUCCAGCUCCAAAGGCAGCCCCAGCUAAGAAGGAAGAAUCUGAGUACUCAUAUUCUUCUGAAGAAGAGAAGCCAGUUGCUAAACCAGCACCUGCCAAAGCUGCUCCAGCUCCAAAGGCAGCCCCAGCCAAGAAGGAGGAAUCAGAAUAUUCCUAUUACUCUUCUGAAGAAGAGAAGCCAGUUGCUAAGCCUACUCCAAAGGCUGCAACACCAGCUAAACCAGCACCAGCCAAGAAGGAAGAGUCAGAAUACUCAUACUCUUCUGAAGAUGAGAAGCCAGUUGCUAAGCCAGCUCCAAAGGCCACAGCACCAGCCAAACCUGCUCCAGCUAAGAAGGAAGAAUCAGAUUCAUAUUAUUCAUCCGAAGAAGAGAAGCCAGUUGCCAAACCAGCACCUGUAAAAGCUGCUCCAGCUAAACCAGCUCCGGCUCCAGCUAAGAAAGAAGAAUCUGAGUACUCAUAUUCUUCAGAGGAAGAAAAACCAGUAGCUAAGCCAACUCCAAAGGCUGCUCCAGCUAAGCCAGCACCAGUUGCAAAGGCUGCACCAGCCAAGAAACAAGAAUCAGAAUAUUCUUAUUACUCUUCAGAGGAAGAGAAACCAGUUGCUAAACCAGCACCAAAGGCCGCAGCACCAGUUAAACCAGCUCCAGCCAAGAAGGAAGAAUCAGAAUACUCAUAUAGUUCAGAAGAGAAGAAACCGGUAGCCAAGCCAGCUCCUGCUAAAGCUGCUGCUCCUGCCAAGCCAGCUCCAAAGAAGGAAGAAUCAGAUUAUUCUUAUUAUUCAUCUGAAGAAGAGAAGCCAGUUGCUAAACCAGCACCAGCCAAGAAGGAUGAAUCAGAAUACUCAUACUCUUCUGAAGAAGAGAAGCCUGUUGCUAAACCAGCUCCAAAGGCUGCAGCUCCGGCUAAACCUGCUCCUGCAAAGAAGGAAGAAUCAGAUUAUUCUUACUACUCUUCUGAAGAAGAGAAGCCAGUGGCUAAACCUUCUCCAGUUGCUAAACCAACACCAGCUAAGAAGGAGGAGUCAGAAUACUCAUAUAGUUCAGAAGAAGAGAAACCAGUUGCUAAGCCAGCCCCAGCUAAAUCUGCUGCUCCAGCACCAGUCAAGAAAGCAGAAUCUUCAUCAUACUAUUCAGAAGAUGAAGAACCAACACCAACCAAACCAACUCCAGCAGCAGCUAAACCAGCCGCACCAGCAACACCAUCCAAGAAAGAAGAAUCCGAAUAUUCAUACUAUUCAUCAGAAGAAGAAAAGAAGACAUUUGUUCCACCACAGAAACCAGAAGAGAAGAAGCAGGAGUCAGAGUACUCAUAUUAUUCAUCAGAAGACGAAGUUGUCGUCAAACCAUUAUCUGCCAAGAAAAUGUUCAAUCCAGAAGAGGCAGAGAAGGUCCAGAAAGAUGUUCAACAACCAGCUGUUGCAACAGAAACUCCUUCUUACAACACAAACAAGUUCCAGUCCAAAGGAAAGAACUACCAACAAGUUUCAAACGCAAAGUUCAAUGGCGCAAGAAGAAAGAACCAGGAUGAAUUACUUCAGGUUCGUGGCCAUGACUUCCGCGCUACAAAGGGUAAGCUGAAGAAGAGUGGAUCAUACGGUAACGAUAGAAUUGACAUUCACCGUGUUGGAAGUACAAAAAUUUAG